AAUAUUCUGAUGCUUACAAAAAGUCCAUUAAUUAUAUAUAAUGUAUAUAAACGACACAAAAAUGACUGACUGUCUAACUGUCCAAUUCAUAAAAAAUUUGUUUUAUUAUUAUUAUUGUCUUUGUAUUAAUUAAUUUUAUGAUGAGAAACAUUAAUUCAUUUGUUGAUCUAUUGGUUCUAAUUGUUAUAAUCAAGUUAAUGGUUCCCGAAGUGGUUAGUCUAUCGCAGACAUGUAGUAUUGAGAAGAAGACAAAACACGAGUGCUUUUAUCCGUUUAGUUGGUGUAACAAAAGAGUCCGUCGGUGUGAAUGUUCGCCCAAUUAUUCAAUAGGUUUGUGGCCAUUGAAUGCAUGCGUUGGGUACCAAAAAUUGGGCGAUUAUUGUGUGUAUUCAAUGCAAUGCAGUAAAACAUUUAAUGCCAUUUGUGUGGACAAGGAUUCAGUUGAGCUCAAUAGUGUUGAAUCACUAACUGGACAGUUAGUCCAUCAAUACUAUAUAAGCCAGUUUGGAGUUCCUCCUCUUCUAAGCCAAUAUUUUAUUAAAUCAAAUAAGUCUCAGAAUGGGUACAAAACAUUGGGCAGAUGUCAGUGUAAGGAUGGCUUCAAACCAAUGAAUCCAAGGGAUGGUAACGGUUGGUGUCAAACGGUUUUCCUUAAUAAAGUUAUUUGUUUGGGUUCUCAUGAGUGUCUAAAUACAGACCCGAACUCACAUUGCGAUGCCCGAAAUGGUCGGUGUUUAUGUGACUCUGGAUAUAUCUACGACACCGAUAGCAAUAAGUGUCAGCCCAUAACUAAACAUUUUGGUGACUUUUGCAACAAUGAUAUUGAGUGUCAAAUGCGGGAUUCAUAUAUGAAUUGCCGUUAUUCACAAUGUCUUUGCCAAAAGGGUCUUGACUUUGAUUUCAUUACUCAACGAUGCAAACAAUCAUCAAAAGAGAAAAAGAAGUGUGGAUUAGAUUAUCGAUGGGAUGACAGCGUCGGUGAUUGUGAGCCACUAUAUGACGUCAGACCACAUGAUUAUCGAUUCUUCUCCGCCAACAAAAUCUUGGAGACCAUAGUUAUUGUCAUAUUUUGUUGCGUAACCAUUGCUUUAAUGAGGUUUUGGAGGAAUAUAUUACCGCAACACAUAUGGUUGGCUUCUCAGGACGGUAUGAUCACCGAAUUUACACACACUAAUCGAGUGGCCAGACGUAGGAGUAGCCGAAAUGCUUUAUUAAACAGAAGUAAUGGUCGAGUCAUACAAUUGAGAGUCAAUCUCGAUUCGGAUUCUCCAGAGACUCAAUAUUUGUCGGAUCAGACGUUUGUUGAACUGCCUCUAACGGCAUCCCAUUCCUCGUUACCUCCCUAUGAAGUGGCCAACAAUAUCUCUGCUGUUACCGAUAAUGAAAGCCAACCGCCGCCGUAUUCGGAAGAUCCGCCGACAUAUGAUGAGGCCAUGGCUUUGUCACAAACCAAUCAAAUUAAUUAUAAAGAGGUAUUAACUAAAUUAUAA